AUGCUUGUUGAUGUGUCCUUUCUGUCCCUUCUGACGACCCCCGACCCACCAAAUCGGGCGGCCUCGUGUACCCCGGCCUUUAUGGAGCCCGUCCGGCUGGGCAUUGACCAGCGUCUCGACAAGUUUCCUGGCGCCCGAGCGACAUGGCCAGCAUGGGCGACCAGGGGCAACGUGAAACAGAGCGAACCCGAGGCGGCAUGGGGCCGGGAUGUGAGUGGCAAACAACCAUCUGGCUCGAACCCUCGUGGUCAUCAGCCCACAUGCAUCGGCCUCGCCCUAUUUCUACAUGGUAUAUCCAAACUGGCCUUGGCCGUUGCAUAUCGGCCGAACGAAACUUGGUUUUUAACCCAAGCCCUCGUGUUAAUUGCACAUGUACCCAUCCCUCGAACAGGCCGAGCAUGUAGCCCAACCGAAGGCCACUUUACACUAGAGCCGCGAGUU